AUGGGAGGGAGAAACGAUUGCUGUGAAGCAAUUGAGGAAGGCGCUGGUUGCGGAGCACGCGUUGGAAAAGCAGCUGGGAAGGGAAAUCACCAUUUUGAACUCGCUGAGCCAUACAAACAUAGUGACGCUGUACUUUACUUGGGAGGAUUUUACAUGCCACUUCCUGGCCAUGGAAUUUCUGCGCACGAACCUCUACGAAAUACUGCAGCGGGCAGCAGCAACGUCACAAAAGGAAAGGCCGCUGAAGCGUGGGUCGAGAGAGGGUGCGUUGUUGGAGACGCCAAGGAGAACGAGUACAAAAACAAUCGCAGAGCCACCGUCGGCUUACUCGGAACGACGUUCCUGCACCAAGACAGCUGCGGGGAUCGAGGACGACGCGGGACCUGCGACAGCCGUAGUGGAAUUGCAGCAAGCAGCAAAGCGAGGACGAGUACCACAAUAUGCGAGGACGAAUCGGUUGCGACUUCCAGGACCAUGAUGAAGACUCCAGUUUGGGAAGCAGCAUUGACCAGAAUAGAGGAUGUCGGAGGCUCGGCUGCACCUAACCAGGAAGCAGCUGCAGACGCGGGAAUGGUGGAAGCAGCCGGUCUCGGUGUAGCCACACAUCGGAGCUCGUCGAGCAGCACCAGUCGGCGAUCGUACAGUAAUGCAACUGCGAGUAUUGGAAGUAAUUCCCAGCAGCGCAGCAUUCGUGGUCGAGGAUUGAAGCCAGGCACGUGCGUGCCGUACUUUCUUGGCAUCGUUUAUGCUGUGGAUUAUCUGCAUGCUCGCAAUGUGAUUCAUAGGGACCUGAAGCCAGAAAACAUUCUCGUAUGGGAAUCCCGCGGACUUGCAAAAAUAGCAGAUUUUGGCUGGUCGACAACAACGGAGCGCGAUGAGAGCCUCCACAAAUCGUUUUGUGGAAAUCUCGAUUACGUUGCUCCAGAAAUGCUUCGUUCCUCGGGUCAUGGUGCUGCCGUAUAUGUCUGGAGCUUGGGAGUUUUAUUGUACUUCUUUCCGGGCUUGCUGUGCUAUUUAAGAGCUCUGUUUACAUUUAUGUUGUACUAAGCCGUUCUAUUUGUGAAUAAGACACGGUCUUGAGAAUGAUCUUGUGUAGAACUAGCACUCGCUGCAGUCCGAAUGAAGCUCAAAUGAUUCUUUAACAAGCAACGAUACCACGACUUCACUGAUAAGUUGUUUUGCGGAAUGUUGUUCUACCCACAUUUAGGGGUCGUAGUGGAACUUUGCUUUGGUAAUCAUGUAUUUCAGAUACGAGCUACUCUCUGGGUCUAGUCCGUUUCAAUCACGCCAUCAGCGUGGAACGUGCUCGAAAAUUUUGUCAGCAUCUAUUCGGUGGCCAAGUUCCAUUCCUGCCGACGCCCGCGACUUGAUAGGUAAACUGCUUCAUUUGGAUCCGGCUGAGCGCAUCCCCGCCAGUCGCGUCGUUGCACAUCUCUUUAUUUUGAAGAACCAAGUCGCAAAUGCAAGUACACUUGGUUGUCCGAGGUGUGGGUUCGUGGCGCGACGACAGAGCACAGCGGCUGGACAAUUGAAGGCACGUUCUGGGAGUGCGCUUGAGCAUAGUACGACAGGUGAUCUGACUGCACGCGUUAGUGUGGACCAUCAAAUUGGCUCGCCAGGAGGACAAGAGUCGGAAGCAGCGCGCGUGAUGAAGAAGCUAGCAGGCGCGGAUGAGGCGAUGCAGAUUGUUCUGCUAUCCAAACAGGAUUAG